GUGAUGCCCUCGGCGCCGCCAGCCGAAUCCGCUUCGCUGGCGCUGCGCCCUCGAGUGGUGGUCCUCUCUGCGGAAGGCUUCGGCGGCACUGGUGGAAGCCGCGCGACGUGGCCGGGCUUGCUAAAGCGCCAGCUGCUCCGCGCGAAGGAAGAGCCAGAAGUCACAGCAGCGGAUGUCUUAGAGCCACUUCUUCCUCUUGACAACUCCGAGGAUGAAAUCCCGGCGCUGGCAUGGGCUGCUAGGACCGUGGCAACGGCGGCCUUUGCCGAGGGCGACACGGCUCGGCUUGCACUGUUAGCACAGUGCUUGGGGGCUGCUUGCACGUGGACACCUGCACUGGGUCAGAG